UAUACCCUCUCUUCCUCCUUAUAAAAUCCACAUAGCCCUGCAAAUCUCUCAGCAACCCACCAUCAAUUUUCUCUUCAAACUGUCCAGUCCUCCUAUAAGAAAUGCCUUCGAUUCCUGAAGAGCCCUUGCUCGCUCCUAACCCAGAUCGGUUCUGUAUGUUCCCGAUUCAGUACCCUGAAGUCUGGGAAAUGUACAAGAAGGCCGAGGCGUCGUUUUGGACCGCCGAGGAAGUCGACCUCUCUCAGGACCAGCGUCAAUGGGAAAACCUCACCAGCGACGAGAAGCACUUCAUCAGUCAUAUCCUUGCCUUCUUCGCCGCUUCUGACGGAAUCGUCCUCGAAAACCUCGCCGGAAGGUUCAUGAAGGAGGUCCAGGUCGCCGAGGCUCGUGCCUUCUAUGGAUUUCAGAUUGCCAUUGAAAACAUCCACUCUGAGAUGUACAGUCUGUUGUUAGAAUCGUAUAUCAAGGAUCCAAAGGAGAAAAACAGGCUCUUUCACGCAAUCGAUACCAUCCCCUGUGUGGCGAAGAAAGCCCAGUGGGCUCUCCGAUGGAUCGACGGCUCCGAAACCUUUGCCGAACGCCUGCUCGCAUUCGCCUGCGUGGAAGGCAUCUUCUUCUCCGGAAGCUUCUGCUCGAUAUUCUGGCUAAAGAAACGCGGUCUCAUGCGAUUAACUUUCUCGAAUGAGUUAAUCUCGCGAGACGAGGGCUUACACUGCGACUUCGCGUGCUUACUCUACAGCCUACUUAGGAAUAAACUAAGCGAGGAGAGAGUGAAGGCAAUCGUCGCCGACUCGGUGGAUAUAGAAAGAGAGUUCGUCUGCGACGCGUUACCGUGCGCUCUAGUGGGGAUGAACAGUGCUCUAAUGAGCCAAUACAUCGAAUUCGUUGCCGAUCGCCUGCUCGGCGCCUUGGGUUACGGGAAGAUGUACAACGUUUCGAAUCCGUUCGACUGGAUGGAACUAAUCUCUUUGCAGGGAAAGACCAACUUCUUCGAGAAGAGGGUUGGGGAGUACCAGAAGGCUUCAGUGAUGUCGAGCUUGAACGGUGACGGCGAUACCCACGUCUUCAAGAUGGAUGAAGAUUUCUGAUCUAGGGUUGUUGUUGACUUGUUUAUGUAACUUUGGGGGUUACUUUAGUUUGUUUUUUCAAAUUUCUUUCGAGAAAUUAUAUUAAAGUAUAAGAUUUGGUGACUUCUUAUUUAACCGGUUCAUAUGGCUAUGGAUUUCGAGGCUGUAUAGUAGUUGAAUUGUUUU